GUUGCUACCAACAAACCUCUGAGCUUCCCCUCGCAACCCUUUGUGGCAUCACUUCUAUAAAUCCAGGGAAGGAGAUAGCCUUCAGUCUGCUGAAGAACUUCUUGGUCGAUUCCUGAAGGUCGCACUGUCGGAGAUCUAUAACCAUGCGUGAGUGUAUCUCCAUCCAUGUUGGCCAGGCUGGUGUCCAGAUGGGCAAUGCCUGCUGGGAGCUGUACUGCUUGGAACAUGGUAUCCAGCCUGAUGGACAGAUGCCCAGUGACAAGACCAUUGGAGGUGGAGAUGACUCCUUCAACACCUUCUUCAGUGAGACUGGAGCAGGGAAGCAUGUCCCACGAGCUGUCUUUGUUGAUCUAGAACCAACUGUAAUCGAUGAGGUUCGCACUGGCACCUAUCGCCAGCUGUUUCAUCCUGAGCAGCUAAUCACUGGCAAGGAAGAUGCUGCCAACAAUUAUGCUCGUGGGCACUACACCAUUGGCAAGGAACUGAUUGAUCUGGUUCUGGACAGACUUCGUAAACUGGCUGAUCAGUGCACAGGGCUCCAGGGCUUCCUCAUCUUCCACAGCUUUGGUGGAGGCACCGGCUCAGGUUUCACCUCUCUGCUGAUGGAACGUCUCUCUGUGGAUUAUGGCAAAAAAUCCAAGCUGGAAUUCUCCAUCUACCCAGCUCCUCAGAUCUCCACUGCAGUGGUCGAACCCUACAACUCCAUCCUGACCACCCACACAACCCUUGAGCAUUCAGACUGCGCCUUCAUGGUAGACAAUGAAGCCAUCUAUGAUAUCUGUCGCAGAAACCUGGACAUUGAGCGUCCAACAUACACCAAUUUGAAUCGACUAAUUGGUCAGAUUGUGUCCUCCAUCACAGCCUCCCUUCGCUUUGAUGGUGCCUUGAAUGUUGAUCUGACGGAGUUCCAGACCAAUUUAGUCCCGUACCCACGUAUCCACUUCCCUCUGGCUACCUAUGCCCCUGUGAUCUCAGCUGAGAAGGCUUACCAUGAACAACUCUCUGUGGCUGAGAUCACCAAUGCCUGCUUUGAGCCAGCGAACCAGAUGGUGAAGUGUGACCCUCGCCAUGGCAAAUACAUGGCUUGCUGCCUGCUUUACCGGGGCGAUGUGGUGCCAAAAGAUGUCAAUGCUGCCAUCGCCACCAUCAAGACCAAACGCACCAUCCAGUUUGUUGACUGGUGUCCAACUGGCUUCAAGGUUGGCAUCAACUACCAGCCUCCCACUGUGGUGCCUGGUGGGGACCUGGCCAAAGUGCAGCGUGCGGUGUGUAUGCUGAGCAACACCACUGCCAUUGCUGAAGCUUGGGCACGUCUUGACCACAAGUUUGACCUGAUGUACGCCAAGCGCGCCUUUGUGCAUUGGUAUGUUGGGGAGGGGAUGGAGGAGGGGGAGUUCUCUGAGGCCCGGGAAGACAUGGCAGCCUUGGAGAAAGACUACGAAGAGGUUGGCACUGAGACUAUGGAAGGGGAAGGGGAGGCAGAAGAAGGAGAGGAAUAUUAGCCCACUGAAUGUAAUCCAAAUGGUGAUAACAUUUGGGAUCAGUAAGCUGAUAUGAUUCAACUUGAGCUGCAAAAGAAAAGGCUAUGCUCUCUAACAUUCUUAAUAAACAUGAAACCAGAAAAGACAAAGAGAAUUGACCUCAUUGAUGCUUGACCUGUUUUAUUGCAAUUUUCAUAGAUCCCUAUCUUUCUCUUAAUAACACAAAAUUGUGCAGGAAAUUGAUAUUAUCUAGUUUAAUCAAAAGAAAACACAAUUAGUCAUUCUGUAAUUGUCAACAAAAUAAUAUCGCAAACCGUAUGGUUGGAAUGUAUGGUGUAUGUACAGCAUAUUAACUGAAUAAAAUCCUGUCGCUAUUCCGCAA